GUUGUUGUGGCCAGAGUGUGACCACCAAUCAUAACGGAAAGUGCUAAACUAUGCAGCUAAGUGAGAUUUGGUGUCUUUUGAUAUGGCUGGGGCUUUCCGGCAGAACAUUUGGUGACACGACAGUUGGUGAUAUUGAGACGCUUGAUGAGGAACAAUGCAGCAAAGCGCGCAAAGGUUGCUGUGAAGAUCCUGAUCUAUUCCCGGAUUAUCUAACUAUGGAGUGCAUGGACAAGUUUAUGGAUCAAAAGUCUCCGGUUGAAGAAAUGACUCUUGCUAUAAGUAUUGAUUCGUUAUCGUGUGUUUUCAAAUGCAUUUAUAAAAAGCUGAACUUUUUGGUCGAAGGCGACGAGGAUAUUAACAUGCAAGAAGUGAAGGAGCAUGUAAAUAAAUUUUAUGCAGGUCGUCCCAAAGAACAGCAAUAUCAUAUUGAAGUGUUUGAGUUUUGUCGCAAACAUGCUUUUAAAACGUAUACUCAGAUUAAUAUAAACAACAAAGACUGCAAAUCAUAUUAUCUCUUCGUUAAUGCAUGUCGAAUGUCGUAUCAUAUGAUGAAAACUUGUCCAUACUUUAUGUGGGCGGCUAAGGACGGAACGCCAGCAGCGCAAGAAUGUAAAUCAGCAAAGGAACAAUGUUAUAAAAUCGAUGGUUUAACACCAUCGGAGAAUUUAAGUUAUAGAUUUGCUCUCUUAAAACAGUAA